UUUCGGUUUGGUGAAAGGUGUGAGUAUUGAGUGUAAUACAUCACCUUAGUUGAAGAAGAUCUGUUCAACAAAAACAAAGGUUAGUGAUAUUGAGAUUAAUUAUGGAGUAAGAAUUGUAUAGUCUAACCUCAUAAAUAUUUUGUGUAAAAUUAAAUCGCUCCCUUUAACCUGUUGUAACGAGUCUUUCAAAAAGACUUUGGUUAUACCAACUGAAUUAUCAUCGGUAACCCGUUACAUAAAUUGGUGUCAGGUGUGUCUCCUAAAAAUUGACACAUAAAUUGGUGUCAGGUGUGUCUCCUAAAAAUUGACACAUAAAUUGGUGUCAGGUGUGUCUCCUAAAAAUUGACACAUAAAUUGGUGUCAGGUGUGUCUCCUAAAAAUUGACACAUAAAUUGGUGUCAGGUGUGCCUCCUAAUGGUAAAAAAAAAAGUAAAAAAUAAAAAUUGACACAUAAUUUGGUGUCAGAUGUUUCCCCUAAAAAUAAAAAUUGAGACAUAGUUUGAUGUUAUGCUUGUACAAUUGUAAAUUUAAUACAUAAUUUGAUGUUAAUUAUAGUUACAUAAAAUUUGAUGGUAUAAAGUUUGUGUAAAAUGUUCACAUAAUUUUGGAGUCGACUGUUUUAAUUUAAAGAUUUGAAGAUAGAAGAAAAUUAAAAUUUAUUUGUUAAGAAGUUCAAGAGUAAACAAGAUCUGUGGUUGACUAUACAUAUUUUUAUUCUGAUUUUUAGUAUCAUUUACCUGUCUGUUGUUGUUUUAAUUGCUAAUAUUUGUGAAAUUGGUUUUGUAAAAUAAAUCGAAGUUUAGGUCAAAUUUGAGAAUAAAAUGAUUAGUUUCAAUUUAUAGUAAUUGGAAAAUAUUGAAUAAGUAAAUAAAAUUUUAACAACACAGAAAAGACACAGGAAAUCGGUGAAAUCUCCGGCAUUGACAAAAUCACGUCAUUUGUCGUUAUAAAUUGUUAGAAGUUGUUUUAAUAUUUGGUUGGAUAGUAUUGUUCAUUUAAAUGGUACAAAUUUUGUUGAUAAUUGUUUAUAUAUAAGUAAAAAUCCUAUUUCUUUAAUAUUGAAACAAUAUUUCUAAUAAUUUAGUGUGAUGGUCUUACGGAACUUAUAAUUUGACAAAUGUGGUUGACUGUAAGCUAUAAAUAAAAGCAGGUAGUAAAGCUUUUGAGUGAGUGUCACUGAGAUUUAUGAGGGGUUGGUUAAAGAAAAAGAGGUAGUUUUACAUUUCAAGAAUAAUAAUGAUUGUAUUUCAUAAAAAAAAAAAAAAUAUUUAAUUAAGUAAGAAUUUAACAAAAUUUCCUUAUGACAAUAAUACAAGUGGAAGAUUAUAAGUUCGCAUAACCAUUUGGAAUUAUUAACGCUGAAUUUAUUUCAGAUUUAUUAAUUGAGAUUUUUCUUUCAGAGAAAUAGUUUAAUUUUUAUUGAUUAGUAGUUUGUCUUCCGUAGUUUUUUUUUGUAUGUAAAAGGAAGAAAGUAUUUGCAUGUACAUUGAUUUGUAAGGUUUCGUAGCAAUUUCUAGUAGUAUACUCAGUUAUCAAUUCCGGGAGCAAAGAGUACUGAUUUUCCAUUUGUACUGUUUUUGGGCAAAAGGUCAAAAACGCUGUGAACUAAAUACAAGUCUAUUAAGUAAUAUAAAAAAUAUCUUAUAAUUGUUUGUGGAAAUGAGUCGUGACGAGUCAAGUUUUAAUAAAUAUUCAGUUAAUAAUUUUGAUGAAACUUGUUUGAGUUUAACAUCUAGAGAACAGUUAGCAUCAAAACGUAAUACCAACAGUAAUACUUUGAUGGAAGCACUGUGUUAUUCCUUGUCAAGGUUAGCUAUGAACAGUAAUCUUACAUUCAUAGAUGAUUUUGAUGGUGAGAGUGAUUACAGGGUUUUCGUCAAGAGUGUUGAAUUAAUUGGUAAAGACAAUAAUUGGUCGGAAAAACAAAUGGUCUCAGCUAUUGAAUUCAAAUUGAAAGGUUUAGCUAGAGAGUUUUAUUUUACUAUUGAAACUUCUCGUAGACCUCAGACUUUUAAAGAUAUGAAAAAUUGGUUAGCUAGUGUUUUUGAUAAAAAAGUUAAUUUUUAUGAGGCUAAAAAUGAACUAACAAAAUGUAAAAGAAAAACAAAUGAAUCAUUAGGAUCUUUUAUGUGUAGACUUAAAAUAAUUGCAGAAAAGAUGGUCACAGAAUCAGAUCCAUUCGAGUUGUCGAGAUUUGUGAAUAUGUUGGUCGCUCAGCAAUUUGUUGAUGGUUUAGAUACUAGGCUAUCAAAUUUGGUUCGGGCGGAGGGCAUAUUUUUGAAUUUAGACGAAGCUUUCCGUAUAGCGUCAGAAAAAGAAGACAUUUUUCUUAGAUUAAAGCUGACCCCAGAGAAAAAGGAAUUUGAUAAAAAUUUAUUUGAAAAAACUAGUCUAAUGACAGAAAAUUGUGAAAGAGAUGAUAGAGUUCGAGAUAAUGGUAAAGUUCAUAUUUUAAAAGUAAAGGCGAGUAAUGGUCGAAAAAUUAAAAGCAAGUUAAAGAAUCAAUUUUGUUAUACGUGUGGUCAAAAAGGUCAUUAUAGACUUAAUUGUCGUUUUAGUAAUUGUAAAAUGUGCAACAGUACAACUCAUACAUCGAAAAAUUGUUAUUUCUUAAAGAAAAAUAGACGAGAAAGUAAACUUAAACAUAAAGGAAAAUGAAAUUUUUAGUAAAAAAAGUGAAAAUAAGUGUCUUUAAGAAUUUUGAGUUGUUGAAAGAAAAAUGAUGAGUCGAAACGAAGGGUUAUAGGUUGUAUUUGGUUUACAAAGUACAUAAAACAAUCUGCAGGUUUACGUUCCGGUUACGCCGAUGAAUCACAGUUCAUUGUGGAUUACCGGAAGACGAUCUGUUCAGGUAAUGGCGUGCCCUCAUUGCUUGGCGGUGAUAAGACAAGUCAAAAUCUUUUCACAUUAGAUGGUCUUCUGAAGUGUCGCUCAGUUAAAUAAAAUGGAUUUACAAUAGCCCAAAAGAAUCUAACAACAACAGGUUUUGCAUUAGUAAUUUUCUUCUAUAUUCUCAUGUUGGUAAAGAUCUGAUCAAUCUUGAUUCCUGUACGUUUGGUUUUAGCUCCAAGCACCCGAAUGUGGUGAGAUUAUCUGAAGAUGUAGUUUAUUUUUGCAAAUUUCAAGGUUUUAAUGUUUAGUAUUAACGUAAUUAUGCGCAAAUUCCUUAAUACUAUGAUUUAUUACCACUCAAUUUUUUCUAGUAAGACUUCCUCUUAUUAGCUCUAUUGUGUUUUCGAGUUCAGUGAAAACAAAUAGAAAUAAUAGAUUCUCUGUUGUUAGAUUUCUUCAAGAUUUUACAAUACCUCAGUCAUAUAUCACAUAUUUCAAUAAAAACUUGACACUUUCGGGUAACUUGUUCGUUUGUUAGUUGGUUCCUCCUUUUAAAGGUAAGGAGAGGUAUUAAGUGGUCUAGGUCUUGAGUGGAAGACUAGAAAUUUUGUAGAAAAGUAAAUGCUUCGCGCGCGCGGAGUGACCCCAUCUUGGUGGAUCCAGGGGUUUCCAGAUGUACCUGCAGUUGUUGGAUUAUCCGUGAAGACAUAGUCUGAAUGAGCAGAAAAUGUGACUUCUUUGUUUUGCAGUGGGUGACGUGUCCUGGCAGUCACAAUACGGAAUUGAUGUUUUGGUGAGAGGUUGAUAUGCAACUCUUUGUAUUUGUGUAGUCGUCGUACUACGGUGAUCCAUCACGUGGCACAACUGAGUUUUUUAGCGUAGGUGUAGUUGUAUGUGUAGAUGUACACAUGUGGUGCAAGUGUGAGAGUAAAAGUGGUUACUCAUGAAUUGAUGAAAUGAAAGUAGACAAAGUAGCAGGAAAAGUUGUAGAGUUUACAGGUACCCAUUAGUAAGUUGGGUUGAGGUAUAAUGAAAAGGACUUAAAGGAAGUCGAAUAGCAGCCUACGCAGAGCACCGGAUUUACGAAAUAUGUGGAAAUAUGUGGAAAGAUAUGAUGUUUUGGAGAAAUUGCUGAAGUUAGAGUCGAAAUGAGACGAGUUAUUUUGCCAAGUUUUUCUUAAAUGUUGAAAAAAUCAUCAGUGUCGAGAUGACGGAUCUAUCAACAUCAAUGAUCCAGGAUCUCAAGGAUUUUUCAAGAGGACUUCCAAUUAGACACAACAACACGAUGAAUACGAUAAACGAAGUUUACAAAUCUUGAUACCACGAGAGGAAAAAGAAGAAAUUUCUCUGGACAGUUAUUUCAUGAGGGUCCCAGGCAGACAGAAGAAAAGGAAUAUUUAGAUUUCUUUAUUUCCAAGAAGUUGUUUACGACUUGUGGUUGCUGCUACACCACAUUUUGUAAUUUGAAGCCUGCAGUAUAAGUGGUUACCAACUACUUAUCCAAGAGUAUCGUUGAGGACGAACGAUCAAGGACCAAGGAGCCUAUGAUUAAGGAUGAGAAACGAAGGACGAAGAAGCGGAUGUCCAGGAACCAAUCACCAGGGGCCAAGUACCGGGUCAACGACUGAACGAGUCUACAGAAAAAUGAUAACCAGAGCAUUGGAAGAGGAAAGGAUUUCUUUGUAUAAUUAUUAUUGCACAAACAUCAGCAAUAAUGAGGAGCAACAACCAGAAUCAGCUACCAGGACCUUAAGAGGAACGAUUCACCAAGGACCAUCAACUAACGAAAUAAAUCCUAGCUGUCUAGAUUUUGAAUGAUAUUUUGUUGGUCAAUGUUAUGUGUUCUUAGGUCAUGUAAUUGAAAUUAUAAUGUUUUGAAUUGUA